GCCCUCCGUCGGAACCCGUCAUACCUGAGUGGCGCGCGCCGCGGUUGCCAGGUGCGGCGGGUCUUCCGGAGCGAUGUGACGCCGCGGCGGAGACGGACUUUCCGCGCACAGCGACCGGGAGGAGAUCUGCCGAAGUGGUGAAAACAGAAACCAGCGCCGGGCCACCGCUUUUCUGCGGGUUUGUUAAAGGGCAGGUGCAGCCGCCGCCGCCGGGAUGAGGGGAGCUCUGGUUCUCGGGGUGCUCCUGCUGCUGUCUGCAGCGGUCUGGUGCCACGACGCAUCUCCGCCUGGUAAACCCGCUCUGAUUGGCUGCAGAUCCCCCGACAAGGAGACGUUUACGUGCUGGUGGACGCCUGGAUCUCCGGGAGGCCUGCCGACCGUUCACCGCCUUUACUACCACAGAGCAGAGUCUAAAGUUGUCCGGGAGUGUCCCGACUACACCUCUGGAGGGAGUAACUCCUGCUACUUUGACAAGAGUCAGACCACCCUGUGGGUGGAGUACGAGCUGACCGUGGUGGCCACCAAUGCCCUCGGGAACGCCACCUCAGACACCCUGAGUAUCGAUGUCAUGAAUGUGGUGCGGCCGUACCCCCCCAAAAACGUCGUCCUCCAGGUGAAGCAGAGCAACGACAACCCCUACCUGUUCAUCGGCUGGCAGAGCCCCCUGAACAAAACCAAGACGUACGGAUGGGUCACCAUCAAAUACCAGCUGAGAGUCCGACCGGAGAAAAGCAAAGAAUGGAAGAUCUACGACACUGACUUGCAGAGGAACUUCAGUCUGCACACGGUUGACCCCAGGGUGACCUAUGAGGUGGAGGUACGCUGCGCCCUGGACCACAGCACCUGGAGCGAGUGGAGCUCCACCGCCUCCUUAAAGAUCCCCGGCAGCUCUCAGAAGGACAGACUCUUGUGGGUCCUGAUGCUGGUCUCUCUGAUUCCACUGUUGACCGCCGUCUGUGCCUUGGUUGUAAAGAGGAAUUCGGUGAAGCAGUGCCUCCUGCCUCCUGUUCCCGGUCCAAAGAUAAUUGGAGUAGAUCCCAGACUUCUCAAGAGCGGGAGAGCUGAAGAUGUGGUCAGCGCUCUAUUCGGCAACCAGAAGUUGGCGAACAUGAAGGCGAGGACGGAGGAGAUGGAAGAGUUCAUAAGCGUGUCGGACAGCAGGGACUGGCUCCUACCGGACGAACGCCUGUCUGAGAAGGUGAGGAGCCUGAUCAUCCCCAACGGCUUCGUCUUCGGCGCCAAAACCCAGAGCUUCGAGUUGGAAAAGGCUGCGGACGGCAAGGAGGAUCCCGUCUUCGACAGGAGCUCGUCUCGACCCGGGGACGGCAGGACGCCGCUCCCGCCGGCGCCUGAGCUUCAGAGUCUGAGCGCAAGCCAAGAUGCUGCCUCAAGGAGCGCCGGGCAGUGCCCCGCCCACAGCUACGUGGACAUUCCCACGCCCGAGGACUGCCGGACGCCGGCGACCCCGGACGACUACAGCAGAGUGAAAGGCGUGCACGGCGAGGAUGUCCUCCUGGAAGAAGAGAGGGUCCCGCCGUGCCCGGACGCUCAGAUCCAGCUGGCCAACGUGGCGAGCGACUACAGCAGGGUGGCAGAGGUGAACAGUGACGCCACAGUGCUCCUGCAGAACCUCCCCGUCUGCAAGGAGAGGCAGCAUCAUGAUGCGGGAUGGACUGUUGGCAAAAAACCAGAGCCUCCUGGGACUGAGGUCAGCACAGGAUCGUCCACACAGCUGGUCGGCAGCGGAUACGUGGACUCUGUGCCAAAUUUCUGUUAAGUGAUCCGUCGUCAUGACGACAAAUGCCACACGUGGAUUUUCUUUAUUAGCUUUUGAUCAGCGAUGGACUUGGUUGGAUAAAGACGUUCAUGGAUGACGCUCAGAGUGGAAUUCAUCAUUUAUGUUGCAUCAAUACGAAUAGAAGUGACGGAGGAUCCUCCGGCUCCUCCCUCCGUCACGCCGAAGAAGCCGGACGGCUCACCAGCUGAUCUAGCCGUCUGAUUGGUUUCGAUGUUUUUGUGUUGCUCAUAAUCACCAGAUUGUCGUGGCGUUUUCAGCGUUUGCUUUAAAGUUAAGCUGCAGAGGCGGGAGCUGGUGGUGGAACGUCCAACUGCUGGCACGUUCGUACGACGCCACAGCCGCUCCUCUUCACUCCUGACCGUGGUAAGCUCGUGAUGUUACUUCUACAGGUAUGCCGGGCUUUUGCCUUGGGUUUGGAAGGCCCUGCUUUUCCCUUUGAACAAACUUGUGGGUGAUUAAACUCUCAAAUCCA